AUGGCAAAGACCAAGGAUACCAAGGUUGCUAAGGCUUCCAAGAAGACUGAGACCGCAAAGGCUACUGCCACCAAGGCCGCUAAGCCAGCUCCAAAGCCAGUCAAGAAGGCUGCCACCCCAUCCUCCGACAGCGAAUCUGGUUCCGACUCUGAUUCUUCUGAAUCUGAGGAGGAGAAGCCAGCACCAAAGGCCACCAAGGCUAAGGCUAACGGAAAGGCUGCUAAGGUCGAGAAGAAAGAGGUAGAAUCAUCCUCCUCUGACUCCUCAUCUUCGUCUGAAUCCGAAGAUGACUCGUCGUCAUCUGAAUCCGAAACUGACUCUAAACCCGCCGCAAAGACUACCAAGAAGGCUGCCGCUUCUGAGAGCGAAGAUAGUGACGACUCAAGCGACUCCGAAUCCGAGGAGGAGGCUAAGCCAGUUGUUGCUGCUGCCAAGAAGGUUCAAAAGGUUGUCGAUGCCGGAAAGGCAAAGGUCAACGGUGCUGCUAAGGUAGUUGCCAAGGCUACUGAGGACUCUGAUGACUCCGACAGCUCUGACUCCUCCGAGGAAGAAAAGAAGAAGGAAUCUGGAUCUGACUCUGACUCUUCCGAUUCCGACAGCGAGUCUGCCAGCGAGGCUGAGGCCGAAGCACCAUCCAAGAAGCGUAAGGCCGAGGAUGAGCCAGAGGCUUCCACCAAGAAGUCCAAGACUGAGGAGACUGUUGAGGAUAACGGAAGCAAGAACUUGUUCGUUGGUAACUUGAGCUGGAACAUUGAUGACGAGUGGCUCUACCGCGAGUUCGAGGAGUUCGGUGAGAUCAGUGGUGCUCGUGUCAUCAGUGACAAGGCUACUGGACGCUCCAAGGGUUUCGGAUACGUUGAGUUCGUCAAGUCAAGUGAUGCUGCUGCCGCUCUUGCUGCCAAGAAGGGUGCUCUCAUUGAUGGUCGUGAGGCCAACGUUGACUUCUCCACUCCCCGUGACACCACCGCACCAAGAGAGCGUGCUAACAACCGUGCUGCUCAAUUCGGUGAUGCCAAGAACCCACCUUCCGACACCCUUUUCCUCGGUAACCUUUCCUUCGAUGCCGAUGAGAACGUUGUUGGUGAGGCUUUCGGUGAGCACGGCACUGUUGUCAACGUCAGACUCCCAACUGACCAGGAAACUGGCAACCCCAAGGGUUUCGGAUAUGUUACCUUCGGUUCCGUUGAGGAUGCUACUGCCGCUUAUGAUGCUAUGAUGGGUGCUGAUAUUGCUGGCCGUCCAGUCAGACUUGACUAUGCUACUCCUCGUCCAGAGCGCAGUGAGGGUGGUGGCUUCGGUGGCCGUGGUGGUGGACGUGGUGGUGGUGGCCGUGGUGGCGGACGUGGAGGUGGACGUGGUGGCUUCGGUGACCGUGGAGGACGUGGUGGUGCUCGUGGUGGUGCCCGUGGAGGUCGUGGAGGCAGCACUAACCGUGGUGGCUUCGGUGACUUCAAGGGAAAGAAGAUGUCUUUCGAAUAA